UUAAAAAGCAUAAGUGACCAUAAAAACAUCAAUAUAUUAUGCAAAUAAUCAAAGCUUAAAUAAUAGAACUAGAAAUAUUUUUUUGUAACCAUGAAUAACGUAACCAACAAGUUAUUGUUAAUAAAUAAAUUCGUGACACAUUCACCCUGUUUGCUGCGAGGGAGCUCCGUGCUUCAAAACCGAAGUUAUUCUCGGCCAACAAGUUUCCCAGACUACUUCCAGAAUCCCAUAUUUAGGAAGGAAGAUCAGGCAAGGCUUAUAGAGAGUGGGGAGUUUGCCAAAAUCACUUCAGCGCCUGUGAAACCACCAGGAUCGCAUGAAACCUCAUCUGUUUACCAUGAUCCACUAGUCAACAAAGUUAUUAAUCAUGUAAUGGAAAUGGGCAAGAAGAAGCUGGCUCGCAGUCUAGUUGAACAAGCCUUUGAAAAUAUAAAGAGGAUGCAAAUUGAAAGAUACCACCUGGCUACCACACCUGAAGCAAAAGCCAAAAUUGAGUUGAGUCCAAAAGCAAUCUUAUACAAAGCCAUUGAAAAUGCAAAGCCAUUGUUGUUACUGUCACCAAUCAAGAGAGGAGGCAUUACUUAUCAGGUUCCCGGUCCCAUCACAGAGAAGAGAUCCCUGUUCCUAGCAAUAAAAUGGCUGCUCGAAGCCACUAAUGAGAAAGAGAGAACAGUUCACUUCCCCCAGGCAUUUGCUUGGGAGUUGCUGGACGCUGCAAACAACACAGGCAAGGUGGUGAAGAGAAAACAAGACUUGCACCGGCAGUGUGAGGCCAACCGCGCGUACGCUCACUACAGGUGGCAGUGAACCUUUUAUGUUGUAGUUUAAACUUGGUAUCAAUAAUAUAUAUGUAGAUAAA